AAGUCGCCGAGUGUGGGACGCAUGCGCGGACGGUGGGAGUGCGCGGGUAUAAAUAAAAGCAACACUCCCGCACCUCAUCACCACAGUUGUGACUCAAAGAACACAAGAUGAGGUACCUGCUUGCCCUCCUGCUCCUCGGCGUGGCCUCUACUGGGGCUCAGCAGUCCUUCGUGUCGCCAGAGGGUAGCGGGAACUGGCAGUGCCCACACGAGUUUGGUUACUACCCGCACGACACAGCCUGCGACAAGUACUACUCCUGCGAGUCCGGGGUGGCCACCCUCAUGACCUGUGGCAACGGCCUCGCCUUCGACAAUACCGACACAGAGUUCCUGAAGGAGAACUGCGACUACAGGCACAACGUGGACUGUGCAACGCGGCCAGAGCUUGAGCCCCCGAUCGCCACCCCCCACUGCCCCUACCUGUACGGUAUCUUCCCCGAUGAGGAGGACUGCUCCGUGUUCUGGUCCUGCUGGGACGGUGAGGCCUCUCGCUACCAGUGUGGCUCUGGCCUCGCCUACGACAGGAAGGCUCGCGUGUGCAACUGGAUGGACCAUAUCCCAGAAUGCAAAGCCCAGCAAACCCUGGAGACCCAAGGCAUCGUGUGCCCCGCCCCUGGUGAGCUGACUGCCACUGGAUCCUUCUCCCGCCACCCACACACCGAGGACUGCCGCCAGUACUUCGUGUGUCUGGACGGCGUGGCGCGGGAGUACGGCUGCCCCAUUGGCACUGUGUUCCAGAUCGGCGCGCUGGAAGGUCUGGGACAGUGUACCGACCCAGAGCUGGUGCCUGGAUGCGAGGACUACUACGGUGACCUGGAUCUCGUGGCACUGAAGAGGAGCCAGGUGUUUUUGGCAGGAGGAGGGGAAGUGGCCAACCCCCGCCCCCGCAUCGCCGCCCCUGAGGAAGCCCCUGUAGUCCUUCCAGCUUAAGGAGUCCUGCAGGUGCGGUCUUCUGUCACUGUUUGCUACGUUCCCUCAGCGAGGACUAUUACGGCGACCUGGAUCUUAAAACACUCCGCGGUCUGGGCCUCUAAGCUACGGUACAAGCAACAACGCUCCCUUUUUUAUGUAAUUUAAGGCCCCCAUGACUUCCCUAUCACGUCAAAAGUAUCAAGAAAUUCCCCAUAUAUUCAGAACCCAUGAUUUCCUUGUUUACGUCAAGAAUAUCAAGAAGUUAUCAAGACAUUCUCCACGAUUUCCUUUGUAAGUCAAGAAUACCAAGAAAUUUGUCAGAUAUUUCGUCUCAAUGUCUCCCUGUGAUGUCGAGAAUACCAAGAAAUUUGCCAGAUAUUUACGUUCGCCUCCACGAUAACCAAUGGCUUUCCUCUUUAGCUCUCCCUUUAAAACUACUGGAAAUUCAGGGCUCUCAAAUUGUUACUCCCUUGUUCCAAAAUUUUUCGUCUCCUUUAUAUCUACUCCUCUGUUGUAUAUUGUUAAGUUGUACCAUAUUAUUAAGAUUUUUUUUGUAAAUAAAUGCCUGAAAAAAAAAAAA